AUGGGGAAGACCAAAAUCUUCAAAAACUUGGCUACCCAUCUUGGCUUAACCUGCGGAUGUGGCUCUGGCUGUCAGUCCAAAUCCAACAUUGCGGAUGUUUACGAGCCCAAACCCAAGGUUGGAUCAUCCAUGUUUAACACGGAUACCUGCACUUGCACCUGCAUAUCUCCUUCAACUAUCUCUUCAUUAGGCAAAAAGUCGGUCACAGCUUCAGCUUUAGUCUUGGCCCCAGCCUCAACAACACAAAAUAUUGGUACAGCCGUAGAGAUGGUGUCGAUGAAUCCAUAUAAGGAUUUCCAAGAUUCAAUGAUGGAAAUGAUUGUAGAGAAUGAAAUCUUAUGUACUGAACAACUUGUUCAACUUCUUCAUUGCUUUCUAAGUCUAAAUUCUCCAGCUCACCAUCACAUCAUUCUUACUGCUUUCUUUCAGGUUUGCCAGUAUGCAGUUGUUCCUUUCUCAAAUUAA